AUGACUUUGCAAUUCUUUCAUAAGACCGAAGUCAAGAAAAAGAAGGAAAGCCAGAGCACGAAAGCCUUCAAUUAUCCCACACUUUCUUCCUUAAUACAUAAAACAACACCCAUGGAACCAGAGGUGGAGACAUUAGAACCAGAAGAAAUAGAUGAAAACUUUUUUUAUAGGCACAUUGUAACUCAUUUUCAUUCACUCUAUUGUGACUCUGCCAUCAUUUGUAUACCUCACUCAAGGUCUAUUGAAGGCCUUGUUUUGACAAAGGAUAUCAUUGAGACGCAUUGCUUUCAACCGUCUCCUUAUUUUUGUCUACAAUUCAUGGCAACCAAGCAAAAGCAUAAAAUAAUUGCACUGGAUAAUCCGAUCAUCACAACCAUUGUAGGUUUUAAAGAGGAGCGGACUGUACAUAUCAUGGCAGAAGAAGCUGUGUACCUGAGAAACAAAAAGAUUAGAUUAUUAUCCAUAGAUAGAUUACUGGAAGGUGAACCACCUAAAUACCACAGUCAUAAACAUGCAAUUACUAUUCCACCUGUUCGUAACUCUAGAACUGAUCUGGAAUUUUUAAACAUGUUUCCUGAGAAUUUAGAAGCCUUACACGAAUUACAAAUUGCUGUUCAUGAGUUUACAGAUUCCUAUGUUUACAUCAAAGGAUAUAACAGAUGCACAGUCGAAAGAAUUCAACACAUGUACAUGAAGACAUACAGAACGAUACUACAAAGAAACAAACUACUACAAGACUCUUGUCGUACACCUUCCGAACACGAUCAAUUUUUAGAACUAGUUGAAAAUGUCGUGAUGAGUUUUCUGCAUAAAAAAAUUUGGAUUCAGUCAUUACAAUCACUAUUAUCUUCCCAGGACAAUUAUCUAGACACCGUCUGUUAUACAUAUUCCAAUGUCACGCUCUCUCAAUAUUCACUCCGAUAUCCUAUUUCAGAAAUGAACUUUUCUUGCUUUAGAACUGCCAUCAAUAAUUUCAAGCGUCUUGAUUCUGAUAACAGUACUUUCAUCUCCACAAAACAUCAACAAUUAGCUUUCACUCCGCUGGAGAAAUUAAACGUAUUGAAGACAACCUUGGAUCUCAUCUCAUCUGCAGUGUGUGAUUACAUACAGGAUUUCGGCAAUGGGAUCAGCGGUGAGUCUCAUCUUUUUUUUUUUUUUUAA